GAGAGCGGUACCACAUGCAUCCUAUGUGCUUAUAUAUUCCGCAAAUGUCUAAAGAUGCUAAAUAAAUACUCGCACCUGAGAGAAAGACUUAUUUAUAUUUCUUUACUGGGAAAUGUGAUUGGUUGUGCAAAGUGAGAUUUUAUCCACGAAUUCAGAUUCCAAAUGAUCGCUUUUAGGAAUACUGCAUCCGGAAGACAGUUCAUCUUUCAAGAUCCGUUUUGGUUGGAUUAGAGGUCAAGUUGUGUGACAGAAAAAUUUGUUUUAAUAUUUUUGAACAUGUGCCCUGUGAUGUCGGUCGAUGAAUUACUGUCAGUAAUUUAGGUUGACAAGAACUUUUAAUUUUUUUAUUAUGGAUCUUAACCGUAGGUGAUAGUUAAUUCUCUUAGCCAUGAGUCGGCAGGCUAUUUCUACCUUGCCUACUGUUAAUGAACAUUCUAAUUGGGAUUACCUCCUUGCUGCAUGUUCAGAUAGCAGCUCUCGUUGUGAACGACGGUGCCAAUAUGCUCCUGAGAUUUUUCAUCAGCUAGUCCCCAUGAGGGAUGAAGUGGAGAGAGAAUCCAGUGCCAUGGUUCGUUUCGAAGCCACCGAUUGCCAGGUUGUAAUGUGUGGUCAAGAGAGAAAUGUUCUUGCUGCCCUCAGGUUUCUGGACUCCAAAGCACAAGACAUCGCUUUGUCGAAGGGAAAAGCCACUGAAAAUGUGGGAGAGCUUACCCUCAUGAGCCAAGCUGGAACACAGUCACGAGAGAUAUUUCGGCAGGGCCGAAAUCUCGAAUCCGAAGAUUCAAGCUAUGAUUCCGAUUACGAAAUUGCCGAUCCUGCUGGUACACCGCAGGGUGAAUUGCCAGGAAGAGGAGGUGAUCCAUACGAUUCACAUCAUGACGAUGUCAGUCGAACUGUGUCCGAUACUUUAGCCGCCGAGUUUGCCGAAUAUGUAACCAGAGAUCCAAAUGCUGGCGAAAUCAUCACUCAAGAUCUCGAUACUAUUCUCGCCGACCCUAAUUACACUGCUAGAGUGGAGUUUGCUCUUAAACUUGGCUACACAGAAAGUUUGGUUCAAAUUGCUCUUCAGAAAUUAGGACCACAUCCUAGCCAAAAUGAACUGUUAGCUGAAUUAAUAAAAUUAGGAGCAUCAUCUUCUGCGCUCUUUCAGCCACCUUCUCCGAUCAGGAGGCCGACUGAAAGGACUGGUGUUGAAGAACUGGUGGCUGAUAUCGAGCGAACCCAUAAUGAUACAUUUCUAGAUGAUCCUUCGAAUUUGAGACACAUCGUCAUCGAUGGAAGCAACGUUGCUAUGAGUCAUGGAAACAAAGACUGUUUUUCUUGUCGGGGCAUUAAAAUCUGUGUCGAUUGGUUUCGUGCCCGGGGUCAUCAAAACAUCACCGUCUUUGUACCUAGAUGGAGAAAAGAAAAUUCCAGACCUGAUGCACCUAUUAAAGACCAGGACAUUCUCGCUCAGCUAGAAAAAGAACGCCUUUUAGUGUUUACACCCUCGCGGCACGUAGGUGGCCGCAGAUUAGUAUGUUACGACGAUCGUUACAUUUUGAAGUUGGCGGUUGACAGUGAUGGCAUUGUUGUGUCCAAUGAUAAUUAUCGAGAUCUUCUCAACGAAAGUCCGGAAUUUAAGAAAAUCAUCGAAGAGAGAUUGCUUAUGUAUUCAUUUGUUAAUGACAGGUUCAUGCCACCAGAUGAUCCUUUAGGGAGACACGGCCCCUCUUUGGAAAGCUUUUUACGUAAAUCCCAUUCUGCAUAUAGACCAGUAGAACCUUUGCCCCCUCCAUGUCCCUAUGGGAAAAAGUGCACUUAUGGAAAUAAAUGCAAAUAUCACCAUCCUGAGAGAGGGAACCAGCCACAGAAAUCUGUAACUGAGAGAUUAGCUGAGCAAGCUAAAAUACCAUUGCAAGAAGUAAAAUCAAGGGGUUUACAAAGCAGAGAAUCUUCUCCUGGAGAUAAGCUGAAAUCACAAGCAGUCCAGAGCUCUGUUAGUGCCAAGUCAAAGAAGCAACCUCUCUCUCGAACUAAAUCCCUUGUGCCAUCCUCUAAUCUUUCUGAAGAAGGAUCAUUAAAAAGUAAUUUAGUUGAAAGAACGAAAAGUGAAGGAGCUGCAAAAAUAGAAGAAAGAGAGAAGUUACUUAAAAUGGGAAGUUCUUGUUAUGGUCCGUCUAGUGGGUUUAGACAGUCUUGGUCGACAACAAUGCCACAAAUAUCUCUACCAUCAGAGUCUUCGCAAUCUCCACACACGCCAAGUGGUAGUUGGGCAACAAUUCCUACAACAUUGCCACCAAAUAUUGUAGGGUCCUGUGCGGAAAGGUUUUUAGAACCAGAAGGAGGCGGUGGUCAUCUUUUUGUAGCUAAACGAUUAUCUGAUCCGGAUAAUAAAAACAUGAAAAGUUUUCCCAAGCAAACUUCUCAGACUCAUGGUCACCAGGCGCCAGAGGUGGUUAACCUGCAUCGAAAGUUGCAGCGUCAGCUUACUCUGAAUCCUGCAUAUGACCCUCGAUUAAUGCAAUUGGUUGGCAGAUCACACCAAAUGAUCUCACCACUUGCAGAACAGCAAUACAGUCUUUUAAAGCCACAACAUGAACAAAGUGAUUUAAUUCCAAGAUCGAGCAGCCAAGAAAAUGUGCACCGUUUACAGACUGCUUUAGGUAACAUCCCUCAUCAACCUUUAAGCAGAAUGGGUAGUGAUAGUAGAGUUGCUUCAAAUGUACCCUCUCACAUUUGGGACAGUGUUGAAGCCGAGCAUCAAACUGUAACUCGAAUUGCUAGUGCUCCAGAUUCAUAUAACCAAUGGCCGCCUUCAUCUAGAAUGCAGCAUUUGAACAGCACAUCAGAUACACGUUUAAAUAUGUAUCCAGAUCUACAAGUUCAGACUCAUCAUCUUCCAAUCAGUGGUAUUCCUGAUAUACAACGUCAAUGGUUAUCACAAAGCCAUGGAUUAGACCCACCAAGACCCAUGUCAUCCGCUGGACUGCAGAUGAUGGGUUCAUCUUGGCAAGAGCAAUCACCUUCAGGUAUUGCAAGAGGUACAUCUCAAGUGCUUAGCCAGCCUGUGAGACCCUCUAGUGUUCCACCUCCAGGAAUACAUAGUGGACUGAUGAGUCAACAUCAAGGACGAGCAGCCUCACCAGAUUUUUCAGACAAUGCAAGAUAUCGUCUGUUUUAUCAUUUAGCUUCUAUAUUCCCAAAAGAACAAGUACAAACAGUAAUGGAUUUAUAUCCCCAAGAAACAAAUCCUCAAAAAAUAUGUGCAGCAAUACUAACAAUGUUCCCAAAGGGCUGAACAUUUGUGACAAGCUAAUUUACGAGAAAAUGUAAAAUAAGUUUGGUUCAGAUAUUAUGUUUAUGAGCCUCUCUGUUCAGACAAAAAUAUUAAAUUUAUGUAUUAUUGAAAAGAAAGAAAUUUUAAGUUGUGUUUUAGUAAGAUUGUUUUGCAAUCAAAUAUAAAUUGUUGCACAUGGAACUGUCUGAAUGCUAUUGGUUACAGAACCACAAAUUAACUGUGAAUCAAAUUUUUUGACUAAUUAAAGUUUUACGUCAUUUUUAAAAUUUGGAAUAUAUUUGAACAUUGAUAAGUGUUGAAUUUGGCUACAAAUGUUUUAUUUGAGCUUCCUAUAUUAAAUACAAUGUAAAUAAGAUUCGUAUGAAUGCAUUAGAAUGAAAUUUAUAACGUUACAGUUCCUAUUGGCAAUCAGAAAUGCAUGUUACUGGUUGGUGACAUUUCUAGUCUUGUUUUAUAAUCUGAAAUGACUUCCAUGGAGUUUCAGAACUCCAGUUUAGUUAAUAAAAUUUUUACCGUUGUUUUAAAUUUGUAAAAUAUCUUUUUAAAUACUGUAAAAACUUGAAUGUAAGAUGUUUGAAUUGUGAAAGUUGUUAAUUAACAAAAUUUUAUCAUAAUGAAUUAUUAAGGAUAAAAUGCAGGAUUGCAUUAAGACAUUUUAUUAAAAUAGUGGGUAAAUUUUAUCAUAAGGAAUUAUAUAGGAUAAAAUACUUAGGAUGUUGUAUUAAGACUGUUUUUUAAAAUGCUGGAAGUUGAAAUGUUUAUGUAAGAAAUAUUUUUUAAAUUGGUUUUAAAAUUUGCACAACUACAUUAUUUUGCAAUUAACUAUUGCUGUAAAAUAAUGUAUUGCUCAGAAUGUAAUUUUAAUUGAAGAAACAAGAUACAAUAUUUUCUGAUCAUUCUGUAUCUUAUUACUUGCUCAUUUUAAAUGGUAUAUGGCAAAAUAACUUUUGCAUUACAAAUCGUUGUAUUGUGAACAAUUUUUGCUUGCAUAGAAAAAAAUUAGGGGGAUUUUUAAUAAAUUAUAUUUCCUAUAGGAAACGUAAAUGUAUACUUUAAUUGAUGGGAUAUUAGAUUUAUAAAUAUAAGGGACAUUUGCAAAUAUGUUUAAGAUAGUUUUUUUUUUAUAAGAAAAGUAAUUAAAUAUAGCAAAUUUUUAAAUUUAUGGCAACAAACCAACAUAGUCUAUUAUGAAAAAUAUCCAAAAUCUCAAUUGUUAAUCUAGCCGAUUCCAGGAUUUAAAUUUACAAGUGAAAAAUUAUUUUUUCCUAUUUCCUAGUAGCUAGGGAUGUAUUUUAAAUUCAAAAUCUUUAAAUUUUUCCCAUGAAUUCAUUCUUUCUAAUUUGCUUAAUAUUCAGCUGUUAUAUUAAUUUCUACUUUUAUGUAAAUUGUAUUUCUGUACGUUUUGAAAAUUAAGCGACUUAAUGUAAUUUAAAUUUCUGUAAAAACUUUUAUUAGGUGGUUUACUUGAUCUUUUUUUCAUGUAAGUUUUUCUAUUUUAGUAAAUUGACAGCCUCAAAUAUUACAAAAUUAAAACCAGCAAUCAUCUAAUACAUGAACAUGAUAUGUAAAAAAUGCAAAAGCAGAAAUUACCAAAGUUUUGAUAUAAAAUUAAUUAAUCAAUAACUUUCUUGAGUUGCAAUAUUUUUAUCCAUUUCAAGAAAAAACGAAUUUAUUAAAGAAAAGUUACUUUGAUAUGUUGACAUAAGUAUUCACAACUUGAUUUUUUAAAGUAGAAAAUCACAGUUAGUGAAGCCUUUCUAGUUGAAAGUACAAGGAAACAAAAAUUAAUUUAAAAAAAAUUAUCAUGCAUUAUCACAUAAAGCAACUCUAAAAAAAUGUGUUACUUUUUGUAGUAGAUGUAAUUUUUUGUUUUGUUCAAAUUUAUGUAUACACAAUGAGCAGGCUCAAUGUUGUAUAUUUGUUGUACUUAUAAUAUUGUAAAUAAUUUAUAAAUGUAUAUUAGAAAAAGUUGAUGUGACAAUUUUGUGGAUAUAUUUAAUUUUGUUGUCACAUAUUCUCCUUUGCACUGCUGUAUAUUACUUCAGCACUUAUGCUUCUGGCUAAGUUUGUAUUGUGAUACAAAAAUGAAGCCAGGAGCUUACUUCCUACAUACAUAAAAACAUGUGUAUCAUUAUAUGAAUGGUGUUUACACUUUUAUCUAGUUAAACAAUACUGUGUAUUGUCAUUUUAUGUAAAGGGCCAAAUAAGGCAAUUUUAUUUCCCUUGAACAGUAAAUUAAAUGUACAGAUUAGUAUUUAUCGUACGAGGUUGUAUGUUUCAUAUCUCAUUGGAAACAAUGUAAUUAAAUAAAAAGAAUUCUACACUAAA